CACAAAGCUGGGAACAGGGCUCUGUGUCUCCAGUGAUCCAGUGGGCCCACCAGCCAAACUUACAGGCUAGGCAAUGUUUCUCCAGUCUCUCACAUCUUUCUCUGUCUUAUGCCAGGCUCCUGCGUCUCACAACAACACAGAAUGACAGAGCACGAGGACUUCGUGAACUUGGCUGGGUACUGGAACUCCUCUGACAAUUACCAGUUCAGCCCUACCAGGGUUAUUGUCCCUGUGGUCUUCUCCCUCAUCUUCCUCCUGGGCACAGUGGGCAACAGCCUGGUGUUGGCUGUGCUGCUGCGCAAUGGGCAGAGGGGCCACAACACUACCAACCUCUUCAUCCUCAACCUCAGCCUGGCCGACUUCUUCUUCAUCGUCUUCUGCGUGCCCUUCCAGGCCACCAUCUACUCCCUUGAGGGAUGGAUCUUUGGCUCCUUCAUCUGCAAGGCUGUCCAUUUCUUCAUCUACCUCACCAUGUAUGCUAGCAGCUUUACUCUGGCUGCUGUCUCUGUGGACAGAUACCUGGCUAUCCGUUAUCCCCUGCGCUCCCGGGAGCUGCGGACCCCCCACAGUGCAGUAGCAGCCAUGGCUGUGAUCUGGGGUCUCUCUGUUGUCUUUGCUGGGCCCUACCUAAGCUACUACGUCCUGAUUGAGUGGGAGUCCAGCUACAUUUGCAUGCCUGGAUGGGAGGAGUGGAGACGCAAGGUCAUGGACACCAGCACGUUUGCCUUCGGCUACAUCAUCCCAGUGCUCGUCAUCAGCCUCUCCUACACCAGAACCAUCAAGUACCUGUGGACAGCAGUGGACCCUCUGGAGGACAUAUCAGAGUCCAGGAAGGCCAAGUGGAAGGUAACCAAGAUGGUCAUCGUUGUAACCAUCCUUUUCUGCCUGUGCUGGCUGCCCUACCACGUAGUCAUCCUCCGAUACCUCUAUGGAGACCUCCCCUUCAACCAGGCCACCUACGCCUUCCGCCUGCUCUCCCACUGCAUGGCCUAUGCCAACUCCUGCCUCAACCCCAUCGUGUAUGCCCUAGUCUCCAAGCACUUCCGCAAGGGCUUCAAAAAGGUUUUCAGCUGUCUCUUGAGAAAAAAGCGCCACAAUAAGGUACGUGUGGUGCAUAUUGCCCACAUUGUGCCUGGAUUUGGGGCAGCUUCCACUGAAGUGUCCCAGAUGCACAAGGAGAUUAAUAGGCAUGAGAUGGACCCAGCUUCCGUGGCAGUCCCUUCUGGUUCCUCCAAGCCCCUUCAUAUUUCUUAGCGGCCAAACUCCAUUUGCCAGCUCAGCUCUGUCACCAACUUCAGGCCACUCUUUCCCACUGGGUGAGAGGGGAUGCUGGAAAGGCAAGCCAGAAACUGCUAAACACUGCUUCUGCCCUUGUCGUUCCUUCCCAUUCCAUGCACCAACAGUUCUCUUGAGCCAUCUCCCCACCAGAUGCUGAAUGUGAGGAAAGAAAUUGACCCAGGCUCACCCUGAUCCUCAAACCGCCUGGAUUCCAAGGAUUAAAGCUCCAGCUACUAUCUGGGCUCUCAUCCAGCAGAAUUCCACUGCUCCAUGGCCCCACUGAACUGGGUCCUGUGCACAAGGGGAGCAGUUCAAGAUGGAGUCAAGGCU